CCCCCGUCCCUUCCUCGAGCUCCCCUUCUUCGGUGGAGAUGGCGGUUGUCGAGAUGCCGACGCAGGAUGUGAAGCUCUUCAACCGAUGGUCCUUCGAUGGCGUCCAGGUCACUGACAUCUCUCUGAAUGAUUACGUUGCUGUCAAUCCUACAAAGAAUGCCACAUACCUCCCCCACACUGCUGGAAGGUAUUCGGCCAAGAGGUUCCGCAAGGCGCAGUGCCCAAUUGUUGAGAGGCUGACCAACUCUCUGAUGAUGCAUGGACGCAACAAUGGCAAGAAGCUCAUGGCAGUUCGCAUCGUGCAGCACACUAUGGAGAUUAUUCAUCUCUUGACUGAUGCUAACCCUAUCCAAAUUAUCAUUGAUGCCAUCAUAAACAGUGGACCAAGAGAAGAUGCAACCCGCAUUGGAUCUGCGGGAGCUGUCAGAAGGCAGGCUGUUGAUAUUUCUCCCCUGAGGCGUGUGAACCAAGCAAUCUACCUUCUUACCACUGGUGCUAGGGAGAGUGCUUUCAGAAAUAUCAAGACCAUUGCAGAAUGCCUUGCAGAUGAGCUUAUUAACGCAGCUAAAGGUUCUUCCAACAGCUAUGCAAUCAAGAAGAAAGAUGAGAUUGAGCGUGUCGCGAAGGCCAACCGUUAAGCACAUGCAGAUGCAAAAGAAAAAAAAAAGGGAUAGUUAAACAUAAACCUUGCUACUUCUGUCUAUCUAGUUUAUUUGAGAAUUUAGGCCUGCCUAAAGUAUUUGGCACAUCUGUUUCUCUGGCUGUUUAAGCUCCUGUUGCCUUUACUGAAACUGUGAAAUGAAAAAAUUGUAGGUCCGCUAGUCAAGAUUUUGCAUCCGGUUUGGCCAUAUUAAAACUUGUCUCAGUGCACAAGUGAAUCGUGUUUGUUUUUGUGUCCA